CCCCGACGCCUACUUUGGUAAUCCACAAAAAUAAUCCCCCAACUGGGAAGCGUAUAAAUAACUUUAAUUACUUAAAUGUUUUCGAAACUUCAGCAAGAUAACAAUUGAGAAGCCAAUUAAUCUGAUCAAUUAGCAAAUGGUUUGUUGAAAUGCCAAUCAAUAGUAGAACCACUAUACCGGUCAGAGCUUAAUAUUCUAAAUAGUUUUGUUCGAACCUCACGGCAUGCUGUAUUCCCUACAACCGUACCUCAAGUACUUCGCCUUGCUGGGCCUUGUGCCCUGGUCGGAGAGCUCCCACCCUCAGGUCAUGCAGAAAGUGUACUCGGUUUGCCUUAUUGCAUUUAAUAUUGCAAGCUCCGUGAUUUACAUUUAUUUCCCACCGACUUCGGAACCGUUCCUCUCUCUGAUGGUCAACAUAAUAGUUUUUGCAGCUAAGAUUGUGUGCGUCACUGUCAUCUUGCUGCAGAUGAUGGUUAACUACGCAGAUUACUAUGUGUUCUGCAUGGAAAUUAAGUGCCUGGGACUGAGACUUCAGGGCGAACUUAGGAUGAGUGUGGGGGGGUUAAGCUGGAAGACCUAUGCCAAAGUUAUAGGACUGGGCUUAAGCUUUUUGAUGACCAUAAUGCCCUCGAUCUAUGUUGAUCUGACCUUAGGCAUCCUCUACUUUUGGCCCUCGCUGCUACCUAUCCUUAUCAUCAGGAUGCAAUGUGCUCUGAUGCUGCUCUACGUAGAUCUGUUGGGUCACCACGUAUGUCUUCUGGGCCGUCGGCUCAAAAACGUACUCGACUGUCACCUCUUGGGCGCCAAUUGCAUUCUGGAUGGCGACUGCGGUCAGCUUUGCUCGCUGGAGUUUCUGUUGGCACUUAAGCGGAGUCACAUGGACCUGUAUCAUCUUUUCACGCACUUCAACAACCUCUUUGGCUGGUCCAUACUCAGCAUCUACGUGGUUCUGUUUACAGACAGCACGGUCAACAUUUACUGGACCCAGCAGGUUCUGGCUGAGAUCUACGACUACGGAUUUCUCUAUGCAACAUUUGCAGUGUUUGUGCCGUCACUAGUCAUUAUUUUCGUGCUCUGUCGAUGCGGAGAGUUUUGCAAAAGAAAGAAUGAGCUGAUUGGCAGCUAUUUGAGGAGCUUGUCCUGUCAUCCUUCGCCAGCAAGGGAACCGGCGUAUUAUGAACUGCUUUCAGAGUUUAUCAUGCAAGUGGAACACAAUUCGCUGGCCAUCAAUGCCGAGGGCUUUAUGGAGACCGAUAACUCGCUCCUUAUGUCGUUACUGGCUGCGAAAGUUACCUAUUUAAUCGUGCUCAUGCAGUUCAGUUCGGUGUAGUUACCUUAAAACUUAAAGUAUACCUUGAUAUUUGUAAAAUAUUUUA